UUCCCGGAUGAGGAUUGGUUGAAAUUGCAUUCCAUGCAGGAAGACAACGUUGAAUCCUUAAAUCCCUCAAACACGGCAAGUAACAUCGAUUAAAGAAGAGUGCAUUAACUUGCUUUUAAAGCACUCACGGCGUCUCUAAAUAUUUGGGUAAAAUGGUCAGAUUGGACCUUGGUGAUGUAGUUCUGCGCAGGAUGCAGGAUAAGGACAUUGAUGCUGUAAAGGCUCUCAUCAAGGAAGGAUGUGAGGGAACGGAGAACCGCCUGAUUCUUUACCUUCUGACUCGUUCGCUCGCUCUUCUCAUGCUGGCCAUCCUCUCCUCCGUCCUCCGCUGUGUGCUGAACUCUUUUAUCAUGGCCUUGGUCGCUCCCGUCUUCAUCUUCAUCAUCUACCUCAAACUCACCAUACCGCGGUCGGUGGGCAUCUUGGGCUCCAGCAGGCCAUACUGGGACUACAUGGGCAGCUGUUACCAUGCAGACACCAAGCCAGAUCUACCCAAUCCUCACACUGGCAGAGCCAAACUGGAGAAAACCAGACGGCGUAAAAAACCCAAAGAAAAAGUGAAGGACAAGACGAACGAGAGAGAACAGGUGGAUGAGGAUGAGCUGAAGGAGAGGGCGACGGUUGCUGGAGAGGUGUGGGUGGCGGACUCUGAUGGGGAGAUUAUGGGAUGCGUGGCUAGAGACGGUUGGAGUCGGGACGGUGUAUGCAGGAUCUGCAGGCUGGUGGUUCAGAGUUGGUACCGCAGAGAGGGACUGGGCCGACUGCUGGUGCAGGGACUGGAGUCCAGAACAAAGCAGAGCGGCAUACGGCGGGUAUAUGCCCAUGUGCCAUUUCCAUCCAAAGUGGGAGAAGCUUUCUUCAGGAGGCUGGGUUAUCGCCUGCAGGGUGAGACUGCAGGGACUGAAGGAGAGGAUGAUGAUUAUGAAGAGCCAGAGAAGGGUUGUUUGGGUUUCACUUUAACUAAAGUGUUUGUUAAGGAUCUAUAAGACACAUUGAAACAAGAACCAAAGGCUUUAUUUGCUAGAGAAGGCAACACAUAAUUUAAGGAAUAUUCUGGGUUCAAUACACAUUUAGCUCAAUAAACGUGGUGUAAUGUUAAUGGUGAUAAAAAAUAAUAAUUUGAGAUUUAAAAAAAAAAGGAAAUAAUUGUUUAAACUUGUGUAUGAUUUGUGCUGUAAUUCUGUUUAAAUAAUAAUUUCAUAGUUUAUGGAGUUACAUUGUCAUGGCAGUGAAGUUGUAAAAUUAAGUAACAUGCAUAUUGUUUACAUCUUGUGGCUAUACUUUUGAAACGGUGAGUAUUUUAGUGUUUACUGAGUAUUUUACCAUUGGCUCCAUUGUAAGUGCCUUACUGUAACCCAGAUUUCAUGAAACAGAAGUAGCGACAUCUUUUCUUCUGUAUUACAAUGUACAUCUGAGUGUAACAGAUCGAAAAUUAAAAAAAUUAGGGGACUUGUUAGUUUUACGUCACAAUCAAAUCCAUAACAUGCAUUUAGAAAAUGGAUCGUGUAAUGUCAGCUUUAAAGACAUUUCAACUUGUCCCUUGUUUUUUGUGGUAAUCAGCAUUAUGUGCUGUUGAUUGAGCUUAACUCGUCUUAAAUCUGGAAUAUUCCUUUAAAAAAGCUUAGAUUUCAGAUUCUUAAAAGGAUUAGUGCUUUUUCACAUUGUCCCAGUGAACCACCGACACCAGGAACCGCUCUGGCUUUGCCACUAUACAUUUCAUCUUAUAAAAAUCACUUAUAUUGUUGCGUAAGAGCAUUUUAAUGUUUUUGAACAUUAUAGAAAUCAUCUCUGGGUUUCAAAGCCUGAGCCAUGAAGCUGUUAGAUAAGCCUAAGGCUGAAAGGACAAUCAGUCAUCUGACUUAUUGUUUAUAGCAUGGAUUUUUUUUUUAAAGAAAUGGACAAAGAUAGUGAUUUACAUGUGUUUAUCUUAUUUAUUAUUUAUGUUGUAUUUAUGAGUGUAUACAUACAUUUUGUAUGUUUCCCUU